AUGUCUGCUCCAGAAGGUCAACAAAGAAGAGGUGGUUUCGGUGGUAGAAACAGAAGAGGUGGUAACAGAAGAGGUGGUAGAUCCGAAGAAAAGGGUUGGGUCCCAGUUACCAAGUUAGGUAGAUUAGUCAAGGCUGGUAAGAUCACCACUAUUGAAGAAAUCUUCUUACACUCUUUACCAGUUAAGGAAUUCCAAAUCAUUGACACUUUAUUACCAAACUUAUCUGAUGAAGUUAUGAACAUUAAGCCAGUUCAAAAGCAAACCAGAGCUGGUCAAAGAACCAGAUUUAAGGCUGUUGUUGUUAUUGGUGAUUCUAAUGGUCACGUUGGUUUAGGUAUUAAGACUGCCAAGGAAGUCGCUGGUGCUAUUAGAGCCGGUAUUAUUAUUGCCAAGUUAUCUGUUAUCCCAAUCAGAAGAGGUUACUGGGGUUCUAACUUAGGUCAACCACAUUCUUUAGUUACUAAGACUUCUGGUAAGUGUGGUUCUGUCACCAUGAGAUUGAUUCCAGCUCCAAGAGGUUCUGGUAUCGUUGCUUCUCCAGCUGUUAAGAAGUUAUUACAAUUAGCUGGUGUUGAAGAUGUCUACACUCAAUCUACUGGUAAGACCAGAACAUUAGAAAACACCUUAAAGGCUGCUUUUGCUGCUAUUGGUAAUACUUACGGUUUCUUAACCCCAGACUUAUGGGCCGAACAAGCUUUACCAUUAUCUCCAUUAGACAUCUACGCUGAUGACACUGUUGUUCAAAAGAAGAGAUACUAA